UCCUUACAUUCUGAAACUCUUAAUGUUCCUUUGACAUUUUAAGCUUCCAAACGAACAAAAUCAUCAUAUAAUAUAUCUACUUAUUAGACAGCAUUAUUGAUAUUAUUAUCUAAUCGGUAUUAAUGGGUUCUAGAAGUAGGUAUGAUCCAUGGAGACCGGUGUCGGAAGAAGAGAAUCAGCAGCCUCCACCAUCGCUGGAGACAAUAAUCAAGGAGCAAGAGGAAGAAGCUAAGAACAAGAAGAAGCAAGAACUAGAGCAAGAAGCAAAGAACAAGAAGAAGCAAGAACAAGAGCAAGAAGCUAAGAACAAGAAGAACCAAGAACAACAAAGUGGUUCUCCUGUGGAAGAAAGAACAACCGUUGGUGGUGAUGGUGGUGCCGCAACGACGUCACCUGUGGAAGAAAGCACAACCGUUGGUGGUGAUGAUGGUGCCGCAACGGCGUCUCCUGUGGAAGAAAGCACAACCGUUGGUGGUGAUGGUAGUGCCGCAACGGCGUCUCCUGUGGAAGAAAGCACAACCGUUGGUGGUGAUGGUGAUGCCGCAACGGCGAAGGCAGUGGAGAUUGAUCCUCGUCUGACAUCUUUUCUUCAGAACGAUGAAUCUUUUCUUACUCCUUGGAGUUGGGGUUCAAAUUCUAAUUCAGGUUCUUCAAACCAGCAAGAAAGAAGAAGCUACUAUCAAUCUCAACCUGGGCGGUCGUUGUUUGCUACACAGUAUGAAGAGUAUUUUGGGACACGUGGUUAUUAUCGGGGACCUAAUCAUCAAUCUGAUUCAAGUAAACCUAGUUGAUAAGGUUUGUUGACUGUGUUGACUGGGAGAGGUGUUAAUACGGUGACAGUAAGGGAGCAAGCAAUGAAACAUGAAGAGCUGAAUUGAAUUUGAAUAGCACAAUAGUAAUUAAUUCUGACAAUUCUUUAUAGUUAGUAAUUUCAAGUUGAUGAUUUUUACUUUUCUGUUAUAGAUGAAUGUGAAAUCUGUUGAGAACCGACUAGUAUUAUGGG